GUAGCAGAGUACACUUUGGAAAAGUCAACUCCCGCCAUGAUGUGCGUCCCCUCACCCUGUCCUGAUUCAGUGAGGUCCCGUUCAGCAACAGCGACUGGCACCGCCGCCCGGCAGUCGGACAACAACAAGGAUCUCAGGAGUUUAUUCAAUUAUUGAGAUGCAUUAAGAUCCGACGCUCGUUGAUUGGCCGGGUUGCAUCAAAUGAGCAUGUCUUGGGAAAGACCGAGGAUGGCUUGUUAAUGAUUCUGCAGUAUUGAUCUCGAAACGCGAAGGUCUGGCUAAGCAAGACGCGCCCUGGGUACGUCGGACCGCGUAAAGUGGAUUUAGCCAAGCUAGUCCUCUUACGAAUAUACGGUCACGUGCAGUCACAUGAUGCUACCGGCAAGCAAGGAACGACGACGACUACGGAAUAGCUGCAAACCUCACGGUCCAGUCGCUUGUCAUCGAAACCCACCUUGAUAACACACUUUUCUCCUCUCAAUAUGACUGUUGCCGAGACAGUGAAGAGCGCCGUUGGGCUUUCGGGCAGCACUCCUGCCACGAGCCAGGAAAUGUCGGAUGCUCGCCUUCCUCUUCAGUACCGCGACUCUUGCGCUCACUUGCUAAUCCCUUUGAACCGCUGCCGGCAGCAGGAGUACUACCUCCCUUGGAAGUGCGAGGAUGAGCGACACAGCUACGAGAAGUGCCAGUACGAGGAGUUCAAGAAGCGCGUCGCCAAGAUGGAAGAGCUCCGCGCCGCAAAGGAUGGUGCCCGCAGCAAUUGAUACCGGAAUCUUCGACAUCCUAUUAUUCGCGACGAACGAAGCAGCAUGUUAUGUACAUAGAGAUUGUGAGAUUGUUUGUCCAUGUACCGACUUUGGCGUUGGGAUUCUAUCGAGUCGAUCCUGUCGAUACCAUAUUUUGAGAGCCAGGGUCAAUCAACCCAUGAGAGGCCUCAGUAGCUGGUCACCUCCCUCCAGUGUCUUUUGGGAGAACCGCGCAGCUUGACGUGCUCCUACUCUAGGGCAAUAUAGCAUGAGUAAGACAGGCAUUUCUGCUCUAGCCGGAGGCCGGUUUGAGCAUGUCAGCCUGCUAAAAAGCGAGUCGAGAUUGAGACAGCAUCAAUUGAUUCUGGCACGAGAGCUUCAAUCCCUUUUUCUGGAGCACCUUAUCCUAAUUGCAAAUCAAG